AUGGCCACGCCUCGAUAUAAUUGCAUCAAGAUAAUCUUCGUUUUCUCAAUACUCUUUUUAUUGAUACUGGGUAAGGUUAGAGCAAUAAGACCCCUAGAAGGAGAGCAAUGGUUAAAGAAAAAUCUUCUCAUUCAAUCUCUUCCAAGAGGCCCCAUCCCACCCCCCGGUGGCAAUCCAUGCACAUACAUUCCUGGAGGAGGAGGCCGCGGACGUUGCACAUUAGCCAAGAAUGAAGGUGACUUCGCUGGCCACGUCGCUAAAAAACCUCCCCGUGGGCUCCAUGACUGUCUUGAAGUUUUAGGUCCAGAAGAUAAUGUUGCAGAGUAUUAUCAGCAACAGGUAGAAAUGCUGGAGGGGUUCAAUGAAAUGGAUGUCCUAGCUGAGCGAGGUUCUGUACCGGGAAUGUCAAAGGAAGAGAGGGAUAUGUUGGCUAAAAGUGAAACAAUUGCCAUCAGGAUAUCAAAUGUUGCAAACAUGCUUCUUUUUGCAGCAAAAGUUUAUGCAUCCAUCAGGAGUGGUUCGUUGGCCAUUGUUGCGUCCACACUAGAUUCGCUUCUCGAUCUACUAUCUGGUUUUAUCCUGUGGUUUACUGCUUUUUCCAUGCAGACGCCAAAUCCUUAUCGAUAUCCUAUUGGAAAGAAACGUAUGCAGCCUCUGGGAAUCCUUGUUUUCGCUUCUGUCAUGGCAACUUUAGGACUGCAGAUUAUACUGGAAUCCCUGCGCACAUUAGUUUCUGAUGAUGACGAAUUCAAUUUGACAAAGGAGCAAGAGCGAUGGGUGAUUGGUAUUAUGCUUUCAGUGACUCUAGUGAAGCUACUUCUGUUCGUCUAUUGCCGCACGUUUGCAAAUGAGAUUGUCAAGGCAUAUGCCCAGGAUCACUUUUUUGAUGUUAUCACCAACAUCAUUGGCCUCGUUGCUGUAGUAAUGGCUAAAUAUUUCAAUGACUGGAUGGACCCUGUUGGAGCUAUUAUUCUGUCAUUGUACACUAUCCGAACAUGGUCAAUAACCGUGCUGGAGAACGUGAACUCCCUUAUUGGAAGAUCAGCUGCACCAGUAUAUCUACAGAAACUCACUUACCUAUGCUGGAAUCACCACGAAUCCAUAAGGCACAUCGACACUGUAAGGGCAUACACCUUUGGCUCUCACUAUUUCGUCGAGGUGGAUAUUGUGUUGCCUGCAGAUAUGCCCCUGCAAGAAGCUCAUGACAUUGGAGAAUCCUUGCAAGAGAAGCUCGAACUUCUGCCUGAGAUAGAGCGUGCUUUUGUUCAUCUUGAUUACGAGUAUACUCAUAAACCCGAACAUUCACAAGCACAUCUGUAA